ACCUACUACCUAGGUACCAACCUGCCAGCCUACUAACCUUUUAUACUAGAUGUUUCUAUGGUGGGCAGGUACAUACCUCCACCAAACGUCAAACAUUGGAUAUAACUACCUGUAUAUGAAGGUUUCCUCCACAUUCAUCCUUUUUAUUUGUCUAUUGCCAAUUACUUAGUAAGUUUGUUGGAUCUACAUGGUUCAUAAAUACCUACUCCCGGAUCAAAGUCCGUGAAAUCAGUCUCCCGAUCCCAAAAAGCAACCGUAUCGCAACUUAGAAGAAAGCUCCGGUAGUCGCGGUAGUCAUCCGGCCACAAAAUGGCUGACUUCAAGCUAUCCGCGCAGCUUGUCGGACACAAUGCUGAUGUUCGGCAUGUCUGCUUCCCCGCUCCAGAUCUCAUACUCUCCGCGGCCAGAGACUGUACUGUUCGCGCUUGGAAGCGAACUUCCACCUCCCCCCCAACUUUUGAGUCGACUGUCGCCACCAAAGGUACCGAAUUUUACAACAGUUUAACAUACUUGUCCCCCUCGCCCGACUACCCCGACGGCCUAGUCGUAUCUGCCGGCUCCGAUACCAUUAUCGACGUCAGGAAACCCACCUCAGCUCCUAAUGACAAUGCCGAGCGUCUAUUGAUUGGUCACGCUAGAAAUAUCUGCGCAUUGGCCGUUAUACCAGGCUGUCAUUAUCUAGUGUCAGGUAGUUGGGACAAGACUGCGAGGAUAUGGAACCUUCAGAAGUGGGAAUUGGAGGCUAUUCUAAGCGGACAUGAGGAAGCGGUAUGGGAUGUUUUGCCUUUAGACAAGAACACUAUCGUAACUGCCUCCGCCGACAAGAACAUCCGCAUCUACGACGUUCGUACUGCCGUGGCUGCCGAGAUCCAACCCAAAAGUACCAUCUACACUUCCGACGUCGUUCGAGCUCUGUGUCAGGUUCCGCCCGGCCACCCUAGCGGCGCCGACUUUGCCAGCGCUAGCAACGACGGGGUUAUCCGUCUAUGGAAGUUAAACGGUCAACAAGUUGGGGAGUUACGUGGCCACGAGAGCUUCAUAUAUUCCCUCGCUGCCCUACCUUCUGGUGAAUUGGUCAGUUCGGGGGAAGAUCGAACUGUCCGCAUAUGGCGAGGCUCCGACUGUCUCCAGACCAUCACCCAUCCCGCUAUUUCUGUAUGGUCCGUCUCGGUGUGCUCUGAAAGCGGAGAUAUCGUGACAGGUACUAGCGACGGCGUUGCUCGCGUCUUUUCUCGCAGCCGGGAGCGCCUGGCCAGUCCUGAUACCAUAGCUCAUUUCGACGAAUCUGUAAGGUCGUCUUCGAUACCGCAGCAACAGGUUGGGAGCGUCAACAAGGAAAAGCUUCCGGGUCCUGACUUCCUAAAGAAUAAAUCGGGCACCAAAGAAGGCCAAGUGCAGAUGAUUAGAGAAGAGGACAGUUCGGUGACGGCACACCAGUGGUCGAUGAGCCAGCAGCAGUGGGUCAACGUCGGUACCGUUGUAGAUGCGGUUGGCAGUAGCGGGCGCAAGGUUGAGUAUAAUGGCCAGUCCUAUGAUUACGUCUUCGACGUCGCCAUUGAGGAAGGUCAGCCCUCCCUGAAGCUACCAUACAACUUAUCCGAGAAUCCCUAUACCCGAGCCCAGAAAUUCAUCGACGAUAACGAGCUUUCGCAAAACUUCCUUGAUCAGGUUGCCCAGUUCAUCAUUUCUAAUACGCAAGGCGCCACGAUUGGCCAGGAUAUCGAGAAUGGGGGAGGAUCCGGCCCAUACGGCACCGAGUCAAGAUAUCGACCAGGUGAUGACUCUAGCGCAUCUAGCAGUAAGGCUCUACCACAGCGCGAGUAUCUGGAUAUCACAGCUGCCAAAUAUGAUCCUAUCUUUAAGAAGAUACUCAGCAUCAAUUCUGGCCUCGAGGCGGCGGGACGCAAGGACCAUUCCCUCAACCCACCGGCGCAAGGAAUCUUAGCUACUGUGAAGCAGAGACUGGAAACGAAUCAACCAGUGGGGGACGAGGCCUCCAUCAACUUAGUGGCCAUGAUGUGUACACGGUGGGACUACUCCGACAGGCUCGCGCCUCUCGAUCUUUUGCGCUGCAUCGCGACUUCUUCCGGCGCUGCUAAAUUCAAGUCAUCCGACUUUGGUAGUUUGGCGCAGAUAGCCAUAUCAGCCGCACUUGAAGGAGUCUUAUCCGACGGGCAGCCUAACGAGCACCACGUCAUGAUGGCAGCCCGCACGAUCGCCAAUCUCUUCGGGUCUACCGAAGGCCGGAAACUUCUUGGGCAGUCUUCAGAAGGGCUGGCGACUGUUUCUUUCAUUGAUCGAGUGCUAGGUAUUGGUGGUCAGCCCGCGAUCGGACCUUUCAAUCGCAAUUUGCAGGUUGCCUUGACCACAGUGAUGGUAAAUUUCGGUGUUCUAGCAUCCAGAGAACCGGGAAAGGUACCGAGCAACGUACAGGUUCGCCUACUAACAGCGCUGGCAUGGAUUCUUCAGAAACAGACCGAAGGGGAGGUCAUAUUUCGAGCGCUAGUAGCCGCUGGCACUCUUAUCACCGUGAUCGGCAAGUACGCACCCGAGGCAAGAAGUAUGUCAUCGUCUAUAGCAUCGAGUAAAGAUCGCGUCUCCGAGCCGCGUGUGAAGCAGAUGGCUGAUGAAUGUUUAUCGCUAUUGAAAUGAUUUCACACCGGAAUUACUACCUGCGAAGCCCAUCCUAAACCCAUCUAUCGAAUAGGGCGUUGAUAUUUCUGAUACACGUUUAUACGUGGUCCCUCAUGCUGCAAGGAGUCGGGGUUGAGCAUCCCCCUUGGUAACGACCAAUGGGGGCUUUGUAGUUAACUCUGGUGAGACAGAGCGGUGGUGGCCAAAAAAAAGUAAUUCAAUUGCAUUUAUAUAAUGCUGAAAAUGAUUACCUAUCUAUCUACGGCUCGAUGUUAUGAAGACGUGUUAUUUAGUACUUCAGCUUCAGCUUCACUGACAAUUAGUAGUAAUGUGUACCUAGGCAUUAACGAAUCACUUCCGUAACAGAG